CACAUAUUAUUUAAUUUACUCAGGAGCCAUGAAUCAACUCACCAAAAACUUAGCAUUGGAAUGGGCAAAGGACAAUAUUCGUGCAAAUGUUGCAGCACCUGGGCCUGUUAUGACUAAACUUCUAGAAUCUAUCAUGGUAGAUAUAUGCAUUUGUCGAUUUAUAUUUCUUUUAUAUAUCAAUAAUGAGUAUAAUUCUUCUGGAAGGGAUGAUUUUAUCAAUGGAGUAGUGUCUCGAACACUUGUUGGUCGCAUGGGAGAACCUAAGGAGAUAUCAUCACUUGUUGUUUUUCUUUGUCUUCCAGCUGCAUCAUACAUCACUGGACAAGUUAUAUGUGCUGAUGGGGGUUUCACAACUUAGUUUGUGUUAAUGAUUUGGAUCAAGUUAGAAGGAUUUUUAAGAAUUUUGCUACCAAAAAAAUAUUAUUUAUUAU